ACUCAAAUCGACCAAAAACGAGUCACAAUGACUCUGGAAAUUGAAAAUUACGGAAAAUAUUUUCAGGAUUUGUUUAUUCGGGAAUUCGAGAGUCGUUCAUGCAACAAUGACGGCAACAACGACCCGAACCAAAAAUCGAAUAAACGUAAAUCCGAGCAUGGCAACGACUCUGACGCCGAUAUUAGCUUAUUAGCAGGCGCUUUACCUGAAUUAAUUCCAAAUGCUUCGCAAUUCGCCAUCUAUAAUGCGGUCCGUCAACUCGUUCUGGAAAUAAAAAAUAAAAAGUACGCGAUCAAAAGUAUUCAUAACAAGACGAAAAAACUUGAUUCUGACAACGCGGAAUCAAAAACUUGCUCUCUGAGUGACCGAAAUUUGGAGGAAAAUGAAGCGGCGGAAGGAAAUGUUGAAGGAAAAGAAAUUUCGAGCAGUACUAAACUCCCAUUAAUUGUCGGGGCGGGCAUCCGAAGCUUAUUUGACAUCAUCACGGAGACCAAAACCGACCAUCCGACACUUUGUCAAAAGGCAUUAACAGCAAUUUUUAAUAUAAUUCAAGGACAGAACCCGGAAUCCUUUAAAUCCGAGCCAAAUGACAUCUUUUUGGCGCUUUUUGAUUUGCUGCUGGAGUUAGCGACGGCAACUGAAGCUCCUGCUUCCGUAACUGAGCAAUCGGAGUACAUCCCGUUAUCGGAUAUCGCUUGUUCGACACUUUUGGCGUUGUGUGUAGCGAAAGGAGACACCGGAAAAUUACUGAAAGCAGUAACUUCGACGAUUAUAACGCGAAAAUUGUCGUUACACCAAAGAAUUCACUUACCUCAAAUCCUGAUAAAGCUCCAAAGAAGUGUUCAAGCAGUAAUUUUGGGCAAACUCACAAAGCCCAAUUUCUUCACGAGCGGCAUUCCGAACGAUGCGUUGGUUGACGAGUUCGAUAUUGAAGAAUUUAAUUUGGAUUCGCAAGUUAUUACGUCGCAGCCGUGCAUUGCGAGUGACGGAAAAUUUCUUUACAUCUUGGCGGGCAAAGUUUUGCUGAAAGUUGGUACGGGAUUCAAUGGCACGACAAAAGGUCACGUUUAUUUCCUCAAUCGGGAGUUUUCGAAAGACAAAUGUGGCUGGAUUGGGUUCUGCAAUGGCACGUUGUACUAUAAGAGGUCGUCGAAGAGGAACAAUGAGUUUGUCUUGAUCGUCGAUACGAAUUCGUUGACGGUAAAUAAAGCGGUUCAGAUUUCGUUGACGCAUCGCAAGGAGAAUUGUUUGCUGUUUUCGGAUGGAGAAUCAGUGAAUUCGAUUAGUUCGACGAGUGACGAUACACUGACAGUGAAACAGAUUUACUCGACGAGCUGUUUUACGUUCGAUUUGAAUCUGAGGUUGACUAAAAAGGGAUUCAGGACGUUGGGAUAUGCGAAUUUUGAGGAAGAGUUGUUGACCGAGACGCAAGUUCAGGAGAUCCAAGCCUCGUACAAUCAAUUUGUACCGACAGCGCCAAAUGACGUCGAUAUCGCUGGCAUUCUCUGCGGCAAGGAAUUCGGCAUCGCUCAAUCUACCGACGGAAAGACCUUUUAUUACGGCAAAGCUUGUUCCCUCGGCUUAAAAUCUGUCGGAAGAAAUCCUUAUCUCAAGCUAAACGAGCUCAUCAUCUCAAAAAUAUCCAAAACAGUUCAAAUCGCUUUGGGCCACGAAGGAUUGCACGCAUUAUUUUUGAACGAAGAUGGCAACGUUUACUUUGCUGGAUGCGCUCGACGUGGCGAAGACGGCGAAACAUCAAAAAAUCGCCGCCAAAUCAAAUCUGUGAAACCGAAAAAAAUCGCAAAGCUCGACGGACAAACAAUUGUUGAUAUUUCUUGCAAUAAUGGCACGUCGUGUUUCGUAACAAAGACCGGAAAAUUGAUCAUGUUCGGCAAAGAUACGUCCUAUUGUGACUCUUUCGGGUUCAUUAGUGACUUGGAUGAUCAACAUAUCACGAAAACAUCAUUGGGAAAGGCGCAUUGUGUGGCUUUAAAUAUCCGGGGAGAGGUUUUCACGUUCGGACUGAACAAUAAAAGUCAGUGUGGACGAGUUUUUGCAACGAAAAACAACGAAACGAGUGACGAGGACUUUGAUUCGAAGCGGAAAAAGUAUCACGAAGCGAUAAGUGAAGCUGGAGAUGUCGAUGGGCAAGGCCAAAUUGUUAAAGGAACCGAAGCAAAAGCACUUCCAAGCUCGAAUUAUCAACAACCCUCGUCAUGUGUGCAUUCCAGUCCCAAUUGUUACUCCUGCUCGAUCGCCAAAGAGAAGCGAAAUGACAAAGAUGCGAGUCAAUGUUCGGAUGCGGAUCGAGAUGCGCCCAGAAUUGUCUCUCUGCCUCCCGCAAAACUCAUUUUACCCACAAAUAAUCCCGUUGUUCAAGUUUCCUGUGGGUUACAUCACACCGUUUUACUGACAUUAACAGGAGAAGUCUUCACUUUUGGCAGUAACGCCUACGGGCAAUUAGGAACUGGCGAUUUGCAACCCGUACAAACACCUGUUCAGGUGGUCAGAUUCAAAGGAAAAGCGAUCCAAGUUGCUGCGGGAAGCAAUCAUACGGUCAUUUUAACUGCCAGCGGCAACGUUUUCACAUUCGGCAAAUACCACAAAGGCCAGCUGGGACGUUUUCCGAAGGAAAUGUUCCUCAAUUCACACGAUGCCGCCCAAACGGGACAACUUUUCUCGCAAAAUAUCGUCUUGACAGGUCAGAAAUUCUUCUGGAACUGCCAUCCGGCGGAAGUUCGCGGCAUCGGACCGGAUCACGGCAAGAAAGCUUCGUGGAUUGGGGCGAGCGGCGAUCAAACUUUCAUCAAAAUGGACGAAUCGCUCGUGAAUGCGGCGAUGCUUUCGAAAUUUAAUGUCGCUGCUGACAAAAAUACGAUACUUUUGAUACCAAAUAAUCCGGAAGCGAUCAAAUGCAUCGCCAUAAAUCGCAAAGACGGCAGUUGUCGUGCCCAUUCAAACGACCAAUUUCACUUUACAAACACCGAAAUCGAGCGUCAACACGAAGGAAGUGCUUUUGAGCCGGGAACUUCGUCAUCUAGGUACUCUGAUAGUUCAUCAGAUAGCAAAACAGGCACUUCCCCGGGCAGAGCAUAUACAGAAAUCGGUCGUUAUUUGGAUCAAAGUCGUACGAUCCCGACAAUGGCCUUUACGAUUGACAAUUAUUACGACGUUUUGUACGCAUUUAACUUUGCCACGAAAAAAGUCAUGUGUUUCAACAUCAUUUUGGCGGGAAUUCCAUCAAAUUCUGAAAAUAUUUCGCAAUUUAAAUCGCUUUUUGUGCCAGAUAUUGCAUUGACAACCAAACACGAUCUCUCUGUGACGCGUUAUAACUCCGCAUUAAACAUCCUCGCAUGUCUUGACAUCUUAUCGUCAGCACAAGGCUCCAUUCCAAGCUGUUUCGAGAGCGAAUCCAAGGAUACGAAGGACGCCAGUCAAAGUGACAACGACGAAUACAACACAAUUUGUCGUUUCGAGAAUUUCGGCGGGGGUUGGGGGUACAGCGGAAACAGCGUUGAAGCGGUUCGUUUCAUGUGCGACACUGACAUUCUCGUCGCGGGCUUCGGGAUGUUCGGCGGACGAGGCGAAUACACGUGCAAGAUAAAAUUGUACGAUUUGGGUAUCGAUGGCGGCGGGGGUUUUGAAAAAGAUGGCGUCCUUAUCUCCGAAACGGAUGACAUUUCAUACGAAUGCGCGGCAAGAAACAAACAAAACAUAAUGCUGUCAAAACCUGUUCCAAUUUUCGCGGGAAAAUGGUAUUUGGUGACAGCGCGCAUCUCGGGACCUUCUUCCGAUUGUGGAUCUUCGGGGCAAACGACAAUUACAACAGAAGAUCAAGUCAUGUUUACCUUCAAACCGUCGAAAAAGUCAAAUAAUGGGACAGAUGUGCAUUCCGGACAGAUCCCGUCGAUCUUGUAUCGCGUCGUUACCCAAGAAAACAAACAACAACCAUCGAAAAAUUCCGAUCCCGUAUGUAAAAUCUCGAAAAACUUCUCAAAUACCCUCUCAGCAGAGUGUUUCGAGAGUUUAAUUUGUCUCCUAAAGUGGUCAUGGAACUCCUUGAAGAUCACCAUCAACGAAACUGCUGAAACAAAGAAAUUUCGCAUCAACCGCGUGUCAACAAAUAUCCUAACCUAUCUUUGUAAAGUUUGUUUACGUCUUCUCCGGAAGUACACAAACGAGAUUUAUCCGAAUCACGGCUUCAAUAAUGACGAAACUUCCCAAAUUAAGCCCGGAAAGUUUGGAGAUGCGGCUCCUACAACCUCAAAAGAAGGCAAAAUCUGGCCCGGUAGAGUUCUUAAGCCGAAAAUAACAAGCGCGUUAUCCGAGAUGAGCCUUAUGGAGACCACAACUCCCGUUUCUGGCAAGAAAAACAACUCGGAAAACAUCAUGAUAGCCGAAUGCAUUGGCGAUGUACGUGCUUUACUGAUCCAUAUCUUAUGCGAUGAGCUUCAAUUCUGCAAUACCAACUUAUCUACGGAGAUAAUGCAAAUUAUGGAGGAAUGUGACGUCACAUUUAUUCAAUGUUUCAACGCUUUUUACCCGACCCAGCUGCUAAAAUGGAAUUGUUUGUGUAAUUUAUUGCAUGAAAUGGACAAAGGACAACUUCAUCCGCGACUUUUAAGUGUGGUUAUUGCAGGACUUUGCGAUCCAAGUGUCAAUUUAAAGAAAACUUUUUCGAUUUUAUCGCCGCCAUUGGAGCAAAAAGCUAAAUCCAUGGUCAGCCCAAGCGAUAAUUUCGGUUUUCCCAUGUUGAUGAGUGCUGAAAACUAUCAAUAUCCGGUACUCGUCGAACAAAUGCUCUUUAAAACGCAGAAGGAAAAAUCAGAUUUUGUCGCAAAAACGUGGAAUUUCAACGAAGUAUUUUUGAGGUUAUUUGACAUCAUUUCCCGCCCAAUUCGCAAUAAGAUCGACGAACUAUCGUCAAAUCCCGAAAGUGACGGGAAUUUCACGGAUGUUAUGACAAACAAAAAUAUAGUUUACGGAAAAUUGAUUAAUAACUGCUGUCAUUUGAUCUCAAAGGUACUUUCGGAGAUCGUCUAUCAAACGUGCACAAGUGACUCGGAAGCGUACACAACAACUGCGAACAUUCUCCAUUCAACCGGGAGUCGUUUUGCGAAAUUUGACGCCAAUAAAACUUGGAAUACGGGCAAUUUUGGCUCAGAUGCGAUCGCUUUCACAGUCGAUCGGCCUGGUAUCAGUAUCGCUGGGGUAAGUGUCUACUCCGGAUCAGGUAGUUACGAAUAUCAGCUCGAACUGCUGUACGAUUGUUCGGAAUUUCAAACGCAAUCGCAGCACAAAUGGGAGGUUUUGAGCUCCGUAAGUGGCACAUACGAUCAAGACAUUGUAAAGAACGAUAUGGCAGAGUUAAAAUUCGAUCGCCCGAUCGCCAUUAAAGAAUUUGUGCGUUAUGCGAUAAGGUUAUGUUCGCAAGGCGCGAGAACCAGUUCCGGAGAUUGUGGUUAUAUCUCGUUACGAGGUCCGUGUGGCGUUACUUUCAAGUUUUAUCCGUGCGAUAUGAGCUUUAAUGGGACUACAAUCAGCAGGGGGCAGAUUCCCGCGAUACUUUAUUACAGUACGCCAUAUUUGAAUGAUCGCACGUUGAACAAAAAUAACCGGGAAAGUUAUGCGAAGAGUGUGGCGUUGCAAAUUGCGACAGAUAUUAUCAAAAGAUGCACGGAAUUGUUGAUAAAUGUGAGAAAUGCACUUGCUUUGUGCACUUUAUUGAGUGAUAAGGGCUCAAAUUCGUCAAAUAACCUCAAAACGCUUGAUUCGGAACAUAACAUAACCCCAAUUGAGGAACAUUUUGACAUUUCAUGGACAAAUAAUGGGGAUGAAUUUAACACAAAUGUCCCGGGAAGUAGUUCUUUGAGUGCGAAACACAUCACGCGACGCAUUGAAAACUUUUCCAAAGGAAUUAUGGAGACUUUUAAGCUGGAUCGGCGCAUCACGAACCCCUUUGAGUUCGAAAUUGACGUUGGAGCGAAGGAAAUUAGUCCGAAUGAUGUCAUUGUGGAUGAUAUUAACAACGAAAAAGUUAAAAAAGCACAAGCUUCACAGAUAAACGGCAAUUUAAAGCAAUCCCCGAAGAACAAAUACGACGAAAAGAAGGGAAAUGCAGUGAUCGAUGCAGAAAUUAAUGCGAAUCAAAUCGUGCAGAAUCGAGUUAUAAACCUUUUUUCUGUGGAAGAUACGAGUCUUUUUCACAUUUUAUUGCCGCAAGUGUUCGCAUACAUAGGACGCCUUGUCGUUUCUGAUCCAAAAACCUCCGUGGAUAUUUUGAACUUGAUACGGGAAAUUUUGCCACACGUUUCGGCCUUGAAUCAAAUUUACUACUUCAAUCAGGACAGUGAACCGGGUAUGUCGUACCAACAACAAUUGCGUGAAAUUCAACCGGAAUUAUGUACAACGAGUCGGUAUUAUUGUGUGGUUGAGAGCGAUCAUCCAUACAAGUCGGCGACAGUUUCGAAUUACAGUGUCGAAUUUCCAUCUUGCGUCAAAUGGAUGACUUUGGAGUUUGAUCCGCAAUCAGGAACAGGUCAAAUUGAGGAUUCGUUGUUGAUUUCAAUUCCGAGCGAAAAGGCUCAGGAAAAAUCUCUUGCAGCGACAAUUGCGAACAAUAAAAAAGGAGAACGUUUGAGUAAGGAGAAGAGCAAGGCACAAGUCAAUAACGAUAAUAAUUUAGGAAUUAAGAGGCAACCAAGUGAUGGAUAUGUUACCGUUAAGAAAUUGAAUUCCACCCAUCAAUGGCCUUCCCAAGCAAUAAUCCUUCCGGGCAAUCGCAUCGAAUUUUCCCUGCAAACCGCUUCCAACUACUUAAAGGACAACAAAUCGAACCGUUAUGGAUUCAAAUGCCUCGUAAUUGGCUACGAAGACAUCAAUCAAUCGAAAAUCUCGAAAUUUUGUCUGGCGCAUCUCGAACACGAACUCGCCUAUUUGGGAGGAAUGUGCAGCGCGACUUUAAUGAAAAAUGACAACAUUUACACAGACGACGUUUACGACGAUUACACGGAUGCCGAGCAAGUGCUGCAAAAACACACGGAAUUACUCUCAAAUGGGCUUUUUUCGACUGGAGGACUCGAAACCAUCAACAAUAUCUUCGAUUCGCAUCUUCUUGUGGGGUAA